AUGAUUUCUCCCAUUGCACUUUCAGUUCUCUUGGGAGCUGUCACAGCUGCUGGUAGUGCUCCCUCCAGCCCCGAAAGCUAUGCACCGCGCUACGUCGACUGCCCCGACAAUAUCCAGCUCGUCCGACAACCCCACCAGAUCUCCCCAGCAGAGACCGAAUGGGUCCACGGUCGUAAAGCAGUCGUUGCCGAUUCAAUCACUUCCUACCUGGAACGGCUGAAUCUCGCCGGCUUCGACCUAGAUGAUUAUGCGGCAAGGAUCCACCGGAAUCCUGAUUACAAUGUACCAGUGAUAGCAUGGGCAACGAGCGGCGGCGGCUGGCGCUCAGCAUUCACUGGCAUUGGCGGGCUUCAAGCAAUUGAUGAGAGAACCCCAGGGUCCAAGGAGGCCAAGGUAGGCGGUCUCUUCCAAAGCCUAACCUACCUCGCCGGACUGUCCGGUGGAUCGUGGUCAACUACAUCCACUGCGUUGAGUGACUAUAUUCCCAUCCAUGAGAAUAUCAAGGAAUGGCACGUCGAUAUCAACCGCUUCACAGCGACAGACUUCAGCGAGUUCGCUGCGCCCACCAGCUCAUAUUUCGAGACGAUUGCCGAGAAGUUCGCGGCGGGGUUCAACAUCUCGACUGCAGAUCUAAUGGGUCGAGGAUUUGCCUACGAGUUUGUCCCUGGUGUCAAUCGUACCUGGUCCUCGAUUGCCGAACUUCCUGGAUUCAGGAGCUUUGCGGGUCCAAUGCCGAUUCUCUCUACGAGCAGUGUGAACAAGACUUCGGAGUCUGUUGAGGGUCUUUAUGUGCCUGAGUACUUUUCUCCGUGGUAUGAAUGGAAUCCGUUUGAGUUUGGCUCUUGGGAGUUUGGAUUUGUGCCUACCAAGUACGUUGGUACUGUCCCUGAUGGAAAUAAUACUGCUGAGAAGUGUGUUGAGAAUCUGGACGAUGCGGGAUUCGUCAUGGCCUCCGUGGCCGCCGCAUACAACUUCUGGUGGCUAGGAGGCAUCUCAAACGGCACCCUGGGCCAAUUCUCGAAACGAGAUGAACUGUUAGGGAAAGAGUCCUUGGAAACCAUCAAUGCGGCAUUCGCAGAGUAUUUCAACCUAACCCUCGCCCAGAUCGCUAACCCGUCAAUCCCGAAUCCUUUCAAUGGCGGCAAAGAGAAUAUCACGUUUGCGGACAGUUCAGAGGCUGGACAGUCGGAUCCGUUCACGCCUUUGAUCCAGCCAGAGCGUAGGGUUGAUUUUAUCAUGGCCUGGGACGACGAUGGCGAUGAUGCCCCGUACCGUUGGAACAACGGCACCAAUAUCUGGGAUACAUACAACAUCGCCAAAGAAAAGGGUCUUCCAUUCCCGGAGAUCCCACCAGUAACGGAAAUGCUGGCCCUAAACUACACGCUCAAGCCAGUCCUCUUCGGGUGCGACACGAACCUAACAACAACCCGCGACGCGACCUCCCCGAUUGUGGCUUAUUUCGCCAAUUCCCCAUACAGCUGGUACAGCAACUUCACCUGGUCGAACGCGAAUAUGUCCAAUGCCGAAUUUGACGGGGUCCUUGAGAAUAGCUUCAAUCUUCUUACACAGGGAAAUGGGACGCUGAGUGACACCUGGACGGAGUGUCUGGGCUGUGCGGCUAUUGAUCGCAGCUUGCUCCGUAUGGGUAUUGAGAGACCAAAGGUCUGUGAGGAGUGUUUCCGUGAGCACUGUUGGAGUGGGAAGGCUAUACAGGGGGUUUCAAAAGACUUUGUGCUUGAUCCUGCUUUGGCACUGAAUGAGAGUGUUGGGUUUGUGGAGUGGAAUAGGACGCAUCCUGGUAUGGAUGAGUGA